GGAAAAAAAGUUAUCAUUAUGCUAGAGGAAUGACUAAAUUAUCUCUGUGUUCUCUUUAUAGAAAAAUAUAUUAUAGAAUUAUCAUAGAAUAGGUAAUUGAACAUUAUACAGCCAAAACUGUAAAAAGAAAAGUAUUAGUGAGGUGUGUCAGAUAGUUCAUAAGUAUGUUAUAUUAUUUUUCCAAGUUAUGUAUUAUUGCCAUAUUUGUUAGCUUUAAAAAAUUGAUGGAAGUCUGUGGGAGCCCGUGGCCUUUAAAGUACGGUUCAGUCCUUUCCUCCAGGGGUGGUUUGUAAACACCGCUGAGCUUGGGUCUCCCCAGCGACCGAAAGAAGCAUGAACUGGUGACCUGGAAAGGGGUACUUAGAUGGAAACUUGAGAAGCACUGCUUACUUGAUUAGAGUUGAGGGAUUCUUGGCAGAAGAGUAAAUAAAGCUCAUGGCCCACCAGGUAGAAAGUAUCCUUGCCAUGAAAAAGAGGACGUGAUAAGUUGUACAACUUAUGAAAUUCAAGUUACAUGUGAAUUCUGCCAGGCAAUACAAGGACCUGUGGAAUAUGAGUGAUGACAAACCCUUUCUAUGUACUGCCCCUGGAUGCGGCCAGCGUUUUACCAACGAGGAUCAUUUGGUCCAUAAACAUAAACAUGAGAUGACACUGAAAUUUGGUCCAGCACGUAAUGACAGUCUCAUUGUGGCUGAUCAGACCCCAACACCAACAAGAUUCUUGAAAAACUGUGAAGAAGUGGGUUUGUUUAAUGAGUUGGCAAGUCCAUUUGAGAAUGAAUUCAAGAAAGCCUCAGAUGACAUUAAAAAAAUGCCUCUAGAUUUAUCUCCUCUUGCAACUCCCAUCGUAAGAAGCAUUGAGGAGCCCUCUGUUGUAGAAACAACUCACCAGGAUAGUCCUUUACCUCACCCAGAGUCUACUACCGGUGAUGAGAAGGAAGUACCAUUGACACAAACUGCACAGCCCACAUCAGCUAUCAUUCGUCCAGCACCAUUACAGGUUCCCAAUGUACUGCUUACAAGUUCUGACUCAAGUGUAAUUAUUCAGCAGGCAGUACCUUCACCAACCUCAAGUACUGUAAUCACACAGCCACCGUCCUCCAACAGGCCAAUCGUUCCUGUACCAGGCCCGUUUCCUCUUCUGUUACAUCUUCCUAAUGGACAAACCAUGCCUGUUGCUAUUCCUGCAUCAAUUACAAGUUCGAAUGUGCAUGUUCCAGCUGCAGUCCCACUUGUUCGACCAGUCACCAUGGUGCCUAGUGUUCCGGGAAUUCCAGGUCCUUCCUCUCCUCAACCAGUACAGUCAGAAGGAGAAAUGAGAUUAAAAGCUGCUUUGACCCAGCAACAUCCUCCAGUUACCAAUGGCGAUACUGUCAAAGGUCAUGGUAGUGGACUGGUUAGGACUCAAUCAGAGGAAUCUCGACCACAGUCAUUACAACAGCCAGCCACAUCCACUACAGAAACUCCGGCUUCUCCAGCUCACACAACUCCACAGACCCAAAAUACAACUGGUCGUCGAAGAAGAGCAGCUAAUGAAGAUCCUGAUGUAAAAAGAAGGAAGUUUCUGGAAAGAAAUAGAGCAACAGCUUCAAGAUGCAGACAAAAAAGAAAAGUCUGGGUUCAGUCUUUAGAAAAGAAAGCAGAAGACUUGAGUUCAUUAAAUGGUCAACUGCAGAGUGAAGUUACCCUGCUGAGAAAUGAAGUGGCACAGCUGAAACAGCUUCUUCGGGCUCAUAAAGAUUGCCCUGUAACCGCCAUGCAGACGAAAUCUGGCUAUCAUAGUGCUGAUAAAGAUGAUAGUUCAGAAGACCUGUCAGUGCCGAGUAGUCCACAUACUGAAGCUAUACAGCAUAGUUCUGUCAGCACAUCCAGUGGAGUCAGUUCAACUUCCAAGGCAGAAGCUGUAGCCACUUCAGUCCUCACGCAGAUGGCGGAGCAGAGUACAGAGCCUGCGCUUUCACAGAUUGUGAUGGCUCCUUCCUCCCAGUACAGCCCUCAGGAAGUUGAUUAAAAACCUCAGUGCAGCAGUUUUAGAUACUCAUUAGUGACUUCAAAGGGAAAUCAAGGAAAGACCAGUUUCCAUUUAUGCGAAGUCUGUGGUUGUAAAUUUUUUUUUUACUUGAAAUUAAAUUUGGCUCUAAAGUUGGUGUAGCAGCAGUUGAUGAUCAGACUGAACAACAAUAGUUU